AUGGACCACGCCGUGCACAUCCUCGAGACUGCGCACCACAUCUACGCUCGCACCAAUGCGACGGCCGUUCCCGAAGUGGCCGAGAGACCGCCCGUCUACAAGGCCAUUGGCAUAUCGCUCGCUAUCGGCUCCGGCCUCUUCAUCGGCACGUCGUUCGUGCUGAAGAAGGUCGGCCUUAUUAGGGCGAACGAGAAGUACAACGAGGUUGCGGGAGAAGGAUAUGGCUACCUGAAGAACCUCUACUGGUGGAUGGGCAUGUCCCUCAUGAUCUUGGGCGAGGGGCUCAAUUUCGUUGCGUACGCCUUCACCGACGCCAUCUUGGUCACGCCUCUCGGGGCCCUGUCCGUCGUCAUCACCGCCGUCCUGUCGGCGAUAUUCCUCAAGGAGCGGCUGAGUAUGGUCGGCAAGGUCGCCUGCUUCCUGUGUAUCGUCGGCUCCAUUGUCAUCGUCAUGAAUGCGCCCCAGGAGUCCUCCGUCGCAAACAUCCAGCAGAUGCAGCACUUCGUCAUCGCCCCCGGCUUCCUCAGCUACACCGGCGUUGUUCUCCUCGGCUCCGCCUUUACUGCUUUCUGGGUCGGCCCGAGAUACGGCAAGAAGAACAUGCUCGUGUACAUCUCCAUCUGCAGCUGGGUUGGCGGCCUGAGCGUCGUUGCCACUCAGGGGCUGGGGUCUGCCAUCAUUGCGCAGGCCUCGGGGACCCCCCAGUUCAACCAGUGGUUUCUCUACGUCCUGCUGGUAUUCGUUAUCUGUACGCUCCUGACGGAGAUUGUCUUCCUGAACAAAGCGCUUAACCUGUUCAAUGCGGCCUUGGUCACUCCCACAUAUUAUGUUUACUUUACCAGUACUACGAUUAUCACUUCGGCGAUUCUAUUCCAGGGUUUCAAGGGCACCGCAACAUCCAUCGUCACUGUGGUCGGUGGAUUUCUUACUAUUUGUUCAGGUGUUGUCUUGCUGCAGCUUUCCAAGUCGGCCAAGGACGUCCCCGACGCAGCCCUGUUCGCCGGAGACUUGGACCAGAUCCAGACGAUUGCGGAGCAAGAGCAGCCCGAGACGGAACCCAAGGCCGAUGCCAUCCGAGGAGCUGCCGCCAUUGUCAGGAGGCUCUCCUCUGCAAGGCAGAAAAUGGAGAUAGACGAGCUAAAGCGCUUGCACGAGGAGAAGGUCAAGGAAAGCCUUGAACCAGUUUCGGAGAACGGCGCUGCGCCCGAGUUCGAGUGGGAUGGGCUUCGGCGGAGGAGGACGAUGCAGGGAAGCUUGAGGGCCAGAUCUAUGACAUCGCCAAGCCCGUUUCUUUCGCCCAUACCGCAACAUCCACCACUGGGCUGGUCGCACAUUCCCACAGAAGAGGAGCUUGCCGAGGCUGAUAGGGCAUCAACACCAGGCUUCUCGAGUUUUGUGGGUACGAUCCGCAACCGAGCGCGCAGUGUUCUGCUGCCCGGCCACCCCGACUUCCGCCAGGACGCAACCAAAGUGCAGAGCCCGAUGCACCCCGUGCAACUGACCGAAAUAUCGGUUUCAGCCCAAGGGUCCGGCGACAAUCCCGCGACAUACUACUCCAUCAGACAGGCUUAUAGGCAAGGCACGCCGGGGCGCGAUCGCACCGUGAGCGGAGCUAGUGGCUCUAGCUCCGGGCGCCGGGUCCAGUUUGGCGGCGAACGUCGACACGAUGACAAUGGCUCUGUUCAUGGCGGUACUUCCUAUGCUCCCCCGACUCCUCCGCCUCACUCGGCCAAACGGCAGUUCUCGUUCCAGAACAUUUUCAAGCGCCAUCAAUCCCACGACCAAGGCAGCGAUGGAGCUCAAGAGGCUGGCCGGCCGGGCUCCGGCCGGCCAGUCCUGACCCCCAGGGGAUAUUCGCAUCCUACAGCGAAAGGGGGAGUUAAAGGGGCGACGGAAGAGGAAAUGCUGGGGCUCGUCAAAGGCGACUCCCGCCACUCGCAGUCAGCGCCCGUUCUCCAACGCUUUGAGGAAGAGGACGAGGAGGAAGACGAGGAGCCGGUGCUAGACGAAAAGCGUGCCGUGAAAGUGUAUACGGAACGGAUGCAGUCGCGGUACGGGCCAAGCAUCACCCACACUCCGCCGAGGCGUGGAAGCAACGAAAAGAUCGCUGCUUCAGACGAGGAAGCGGAGGUAGAGGAGGUCGAGACAUACCAAGAACAGCGGGAUCGACGGUUUAAGGAGAGGAGUCGCACCAGCAGCCAGCGCAGACGGCGUGACAGCGAUACACCGCCGCCGCCUCCACCCCACAAAUCGCCGCCAGGAGGGGGGCGAGAUGGUGGAGCAUUUAUCUGA